AUGGAUGAUACUAUCUUCAUUUCUCAAAGCAAGUAUGUUAAGAAUAUUAUGAAGAAGUUUGGCCUAGAAAGUGCUAGUCACAAAAGGACACCUACAACAACUCACUUGAAAUUAACUAAGGAUGAAAAAGGUGUUGAUGUGGAUCAAAGUUUGUACAUGAGUAUGAUUAGUAGUAUUUUGUAUCUUACAACUAGUAGACCAUACAUCAUUUUUGCUGUAGGAGUAUGUGCUAGUUCUAAUUCCAUGAUUAUAGUGUAUUGUGAUGCAUACUGGACAUGUAAGGCUGAUGAUAGAAAAAGUACUUCUGGAGGAUGCUUCUUCUUGGGAAAUAAUCUUAUAUCUUGGUUCAACAAGAAGCAAAACUAUGUGUCAUUGUCUACUGCUGAGGCUGAGUAUAUUGCAGUAGGAAGCAGCUGCUCUCAAUUGAUUUAG